AUGCCCUACGGAUCACCGCAUCUUCACCUCAUAGAUGAAUCUUCGUCCGCAACUCUGCUGGAGACUACAAGGUAGGCAACCCCCAGGUAGGCCGAAUAUUGUUCUGUUCACUUUGCCUUUUACUUGCUUACGCUUGCUUGCCUGCCUUUGUCUGCUUGUCUGUGUUUGUCCUCGCUGUAAGCUGAACGCCGUUCUGUAUAAUUUUCCUUAUCACCGUUUAUAUUUCAGCAACCAGUUAGCUAACAGUGGGACGGGAAACUCUAUUUCUCGUUUCUCUACCAUUCCUCAUUCUUCCUCCCCCCCUCAAACAGUCCUACGGCGACAGCAACAGAGAUUGUGUAGGUGGCCCAGGCUAACUCGGAUUAUUCUCUCACUAAACAAAAUCGUGGGGUCCGACAGUCGGCUGCGAUUUCUGAGCAGCCCUAUUUAGGGAGAGCAUUUCUCACCCUCGCGAAAGUGGAGCGGGGUUAGAAAGGGUACAUUAAACAAAUGCUGGGAUCACGUCCUUUGCGCUCUGACCGUGGCGCGCAGACGCAAAACACACGAUCGAAACAAUCAAACAAGAAUCUAUAUACUCUUACUCCCCUCUCCCUUCCCGCCGUCCCAUCCAAAAUUCUGCUUAGGUAAUUCGCUCACACUGGCAACGUGAAAUGUUCGUUUCGUUUUAGAAUACCCGAGGAGCAACCGACCGGUGCGGAGAACGGCGCCAGCUGGUAGAGAACCGGCGCACAAAAAAGGUGGACAUAGUCACACUCAGCGAGGACUGGUUCUCCAUGCUACACCAACUAGGGGAAAUGGACGCCGGUUACAAAUUCCUCUGGAGUGGUUUUCCCAAGGCAGUGCGACGGGACGCGAGUGUCGUCUUUGUCACUCUAAACGACAUCGUGAGACGACCGUCCUGUCUGCCACAGGGCAUCAAUCAUCGCCUGAUGACACUCCGCCCGACCUCCUGGGAGGCAGAUUCGCCACCUUCGUCAGCAUCUAAGCUCCCAGCUGGCCAGCCCUGAUGCUGCAAGAAAGAAAGUCUACGAGGACCUGCACAACUUCCUGGAGACUGUGCCGAAGGCGGAUAGGUUGAUUGUUCUCGGUGACUUCAACGCCCGUGUCGGCACAGACCUUGCUGCCUGCAGAGGAGUGCUGGGUCCCCAUGGUCUCCACGGCUCCAAUGACAAUGGCCUAUUCCUCCUACGAACUUGCGCAGAACAAAGGCUCAUUCUGACCAACACUUACUUCCGCCCUCCGACACGAGAAAAUGUCACCUGGCUGCACCUUCGGUCGCGUCACUGA